AUAAAGAGUGGUAAAGUACUUUUAACUAGUAUUUGUAAGUAUUUUACACUCUGGACACUCCCUCUUUUCACUGGAAGGCAGGACUUCCUUUCACUAAAGCAACCUUAAGCGUUGCACUUUUUCCUAUUCACAGUAAAAAAAAAAACAUGCAGCAUCUUAUUAUUGUAUAGUCUUGGUUAAUCUCAACCUGUGUUGAUUUUCUGUCAAUGACUCUACACAACACAAUACUAUACAAUCAUCUUUAUAAAUUUAAAGAAAAUGUUUUUCAAGUUUAUUUAUCUCUGCUGCUAUCUGAUGGGUGUGUUUGGUGAUGAAGUGAAGUCAGUGUCAGUGAUGGAGGGAGAUUCUGUUACUCUACACACUGAUAUUACUGACAUACAGAGCGCUUAUAUGAUCUUGUGGAGGUUUGGGUCACACGAGACUCUCAUAGCUAGACUCAAUAGAGAAGCCAAUAAGAUCUCACUAUUUGCUGAUGUUCUUGAUGGGAGAUUUAGAGACAGACUGCAGUUAAAUAAUCAGACUGGAUCUCUCACUAUCACAGACAUCACAACCAAUCAUUCUGGACUUUAUCAAAUGACCAUCAGCGGCAAACAGAAGACCUCAUACAGAUUCAGUGUUACUGUUUAUGCUAAUCUGCCAGUUCCUGUCAUCAGCAGAGAUUCUUCACAAAGUUCAUCAUUAAGCUCAAAUUGUGUGUUGUUGUGUUCAGUGUUGAAUGUGAGAGAUGUGAGUCUGUCCUGGUAUAAAGGAAACAGUUUAUUGUCCAGCAUCAGUGUGUCUGAUCUUAACAACAACAUCUCUCUUCAUCUGGAGUGUCUGGAUGAUUCUUACAGCUGUGUGGUGAACAAUUCAAUCAAAAAUCAGACUCAACAUCUCAAUACUGAUCUCUGUCAGACGUGUUCAGCUCUCACCUUCAUUCAUAAAGUUGUGAUAUCAUCUUCUGUUGGAUUUCUGAUGAUAGCUGCGGUUCUGAUCUUCUGCUUCUGCAAGGAACACAGAAAGACACAUCAGCAGGUUAAAUGAAGUGCUAAUAUAACAUAAGGACAUUUCUUUCGCAUAUAUGCAUUUAAAAUAUAUAAAUUUUAUUGUAUAUUCAUUUGAUCAUCCAUUAAUGAUAUUUUGCACAACUUUUUUUCUGUUGUUUUUAAAUAUCAUGUUCUGUAUUGUCUUCAGAAGUAUACAGGUCAAUUGCAAGGGUUUUAUAUGGCAAUCUUAGUAUAAUAACACUUUUUGAAUCGGUUUCUAAUCAGAUGAAGGCAUAGUAAAAAUCGUAAUACCAAAAUGAAAUAGAAAAAGUUAGUGAUUAAUAAAAAUGGUUUAAAAAGAAACGCAAAGUAUGUUUUGUGUUUUAUUUUUGUCACUGAAUGUAUGUGACACCUUUAGCUUCAUUUCAAGUGAAACCCGGUGUGGCUUUAUUCUUUAGGCAUGGAAAGCCGUGUGGUUUUGUUGUGCUGGUGGACAUGAGAUGUGUGAUUGUGGGUGCAUUGUGUGUUUAUGCAAGUGGUGUGAACAGUACGUGACUUUUCUU